GCGGCUAGGCUGGGGAGGCUCUUGCAGGAGCAGCGGCAGCAGCUUGCUGGCUGGAGCGCGAUUCAGCUUGUCAAGGACGCGAUAGCAAAAAAACUGCUGCAAGCAAACAAUCCAUCAUUUCGCAUCCAUUCCACCCCUCGUCAUUGUCGCCUGCCACCACCUCUCCUGCCACGCCUCUGCUGGUCCCAGUCGGACUGUCUAACCCCACAUCUGGUGCCGUUGGAUUGCACUGCAUUGCACUGCAGCCCCGCCGCCGGGCCCAGCCUGACUGACCCUCAAGCCCACCAGUUCUGGGACCUCGUCGCCCUCGCCCUCGACCUCCUCCCUUUGUGGCGGCGCCUGUGCUUGUUGCAGCCCAUAUGCGAUAACGGUCUACACAACAAGUUGCUGCAAUGUCCUCAAAUUCGGCAAGAGAGGAGCCUCAGGCUUUCUUCUCCACCUACGCGCCUCGAUUACGAGCCUACAGAAACUCCCUGCUCACACCUGCUCUGCAGUCCUCGCAACCAUCCGGCCCUCUGUCGCGGACCACAAAACGAGGCACCACCAUCAUCAACUACGCGGAAGACGGCUACGACUAUGACGUUUCCGACGAUGACAACUCGCGACGGCGACCGACCGGGCUGCGCAGUCUGCGCCGCGAAGACAGCGGCGCACAGGUCGACCCGGGCGACAAGUUCGACAAGGAGAUCUUCGAGCCCGUCGAGGUGCAGGGCAUAUACCGGGACUGGAUGAACAAGUCGAAGCAGGGCCUCUCCGAUAUGCAGAACUAUGCGCAAUCCUGCCUCCCGCUCACCCUCAUUCCCAUCCGUAUCGACCUCGACAUCCCAGCCUUCGUGCCUCUGCCCGCCCACCCAAUACCAGCCCCCAACAUGCCGGGCAUCGACUACACCGCGCCCCAGUACAAGCAGGGCGAGAUGACCAUACCGUACAAGCUCCGGGACACGUUCUUGUGGAACCUGCACGAGACAUUGGUCACCACCGACCAGUUUGCGGCGACUCUCGUCCAGGACCUUGACCUGCCUCACAGGAACCAGACCAUUGCCGAGAUCAGCAAGCAGAUCAGGACCCAGCUCGAGGAAUAUGCCGGCGUGGCGCUGCAUCCUCUCUUCCACUCACAUGCAAAUGGCAGUGAAUCGGCCCCACGGCAGAAUGGCACGAGCAUACCACCGACUCCCCUCCUCAAAGGCUCUGACACGCCCGCUCGAGGCGGCCUCUCCCACCUCCCCGCGACCCCGUCUGCCCUCGGAACAUCGACACCAAUACUUGGCGCCACCGGAGGCCCAGCACAGGACACUCCAGCCGAGGUCACCGCGACCGCAGAACACGUCACAGCCGACUCAGACGACCUCAACCCCGAAGACACGUACCGCUGUAUCAUCAACCUGAGCAUCAACCUCGGCAACCAGCUGUACACGGAUAAGUUCGAAUGGUCGCUCCUUCACCCUGCGGGCACAGCCGAGGCCUUCUCGAAGCAGACUUGCGCCGACCUCGGCCUGACCGGCGAGUGGGUCCCAGCGAUGACACAUGCGAUCUACGAGGCCACUCUGCGCCUGAAGAAAGAAGCAUGCGAGUCUGGUGGCGUGAUAUCGGGCUGGGUGGGCGCGAGCCCCCUGAAUGGCGGCGACUUCCCCAACGACGCAGCGAUAACAGCGCAAGGGGAGCGAGCCGGAUGGCGAUAUGACCCGGAGCACCUCGCGGACGAAUGGGAGCCCAAGAUAGAGACCCUGUCGAAGGAGGAGAUCGAGAAGCGAGAGGGCGACAGCCAGAGGCAGAUUCGGCGGCUGCGGCGCGAGACGGCGCGGUUCUCGAGCAACACGGGCAUGAUGGGCGGCGUGCCCGCCGGCUUCGGGUUCACGGGCCUGAUCGAGCAGGAGGAGGAGCGCAUGGGCCGCGGUGAGCGGAGCAAGAAGAAAAGGCGGUUCAGGAGCCUGUCGCCCCUGGGAAGGGCCAGCACGCCAGGAGGCCGGUUCACACCCGACGUUGGUGGUGGUGGCGGCGGCGGCGGCGGCUAUGGCGGCGGCGGCACAUUGACGGAACAGGAGCGGUUCACGUGGAGGUGCUACCACUGUAGGGUAUGGGGCAGCAGUGUCUGGGCUGUCCGCGAUGGGCCCCAUGGACCAAGAACUCUGUGCAAUAACUGCGGUUUCAUGUAUGAGCGGGAUAGGAAACUGCCGCGGUGGACCAAGAACUUGCACAUCAAGGACUCCAGGCCGCAGUAAUGGGCCAUGGCCCUGUUGUUUUCACCGUUAUUGCUGCAAUUUUAUGGAGGAUUUCCAAGGAGUUCCAAGGGGCUUGCACAUGUCUGCUGUACGAAAUGAUGGUCUUAGGAGGUUUCUGUCGGAAGAGGUCGAGGCCGGAAGUGGGUGGUGACCCACGUUCCUGUAUGAGUAACCCAGAUAGAUACCUAGGUAGAUGACUGGUGGUGUUAAUAGCCCUUGCCACAGCUUUUAGGCCUGGUUGACAGGCGUGCUGUGCAUUGGCAAAUGAUAGUGGAUGAGUUGGAACAGAA